CAAAAAGACAAAAAGCACAGAUGAACAAAGAACAGCCUGAUAACUGUGACAUUUCAGUGGUGCCUCCCAUUAGAUGAGUUGGACGCUUCCUGCCACCUGGUGUAAAGACGGAGUCACGGCCGUUUCCAUCCGAGUGUUUCACCAUUUUCUCCAGCUGUUGUGUAGUUUACCAGCUAAUAAACGUAGUUUAACUUUAACAAGGCUCAUUUUAAUGGACUUAACCUCCUGACUUUGCUCUUAAUGGGCAGCUGAUGCCAUCACUUAGACCGGUGAGGGAAUAAACUUAAAACCUGAUUGUUGGAUUACACACAGAAAAGUAAAAAUCCAACUUCAUUUCAUUCUUUCUCAUUUAAUUAGACUGGAUUGUUGCGUUCUCCUCCAGUUCGUGCGCUAUUGACUUAAAUCCACUAGAUGGCUCUGAUUCAUUAGUUGUGGUGAGGAGCAAAACCACAGCAGCUUCUGAUGAGCUGAGUUCAGUGACUGGAGUCAGUGACUCCCCCCACUAAUACGCACACCUCCUUCAGUGGCCACUUCAUUAUUCACUUCACCACUGUACAAUUGUACAAUCAAAGGCAGUUUGUAUCAUUUGUAAAAGGCUGACUGGUUCUUUAGAUCCAUCUCCUGAUAUGCUGCAGUCCAGUACAUGACCCCAAGUAAACCACAGCAGCGCUGCUGGUUUGGACUGGAGCUGUUUGUUAUUGUGGUGGGACAGUGACAUUUGCUGGGCCCACAGAAUUAAUAGCAACACAACAGUGGAAACUGGGUGACGUCACUAUCACACCACUUAAUGAUAUCACGUUAUCUCAACGGUCCAUCGUCACCCACUCGUCCAAUCACUGGCGUCGCAGUGUAACAGUGUUUCCGCCCGGCUGCUCGGAUGAAACCGUGAAUCAGUCACGGUUCUACCGUGUUGCCGUUCGCUAGUUCUGCAUUUGGGAACGUUGUUGAAAGAACACAGAAGAUACAACCACUCCUGGAGCAACUUCAUUUCCCCACGUCAUCUGCAUCAUUUCCCCGUCACCACAGACGCAUCCGGCACAUGACUGGAUGCUACGGCCUCCAAAUGUUUUCGUCACACGUCCGGCCGGGCUGCUGCCACUUGACCAGCCAUACAGGCGUUCAGCCGCGGGUGCGCUUUCGUCUGUGAGUCUCCUCGUCGGCGCGAUGACACAUACCCGAACUGAGGUCCAUCCUGUUUUGGUGCCAUAAAACUUUCCCCCGGCAAAGUGCAGACGGAGAAAGUGAAACCACACUGACUGACCUCAAGCAGAAUUAAGAUGCAGGUGGGAAUUUUCAAGAAGUGCAAAUAGUAAACAACGAAUUGUGCCAUUUUAUCCUUCCUGACUAAUUUGACAUUUUAUGUUCGGGCUAAAGGAGGAGAUCUUGACUGAUUGGCAGUGUUUGAAGGUUCUCUGUACUGAAUGCACAGAUGAUAAGAAACUACAUUUUGGAUGUUGAGUAGUUUAACAUGGUGAAGUCUGAUUCUAAACCACAGGGGCUGUGGCUUUUCCACUGUAAACCUGUCCUUGCCCUUUGAAAUGUCACCCUUGUGUUAUACAUGUGUGUGUGAAACUGGCACCUAAGAGCUGAUUUAAGUAAAUAAGUAAAAGUCUUUAGACGUUUUUGACCCAUACACAAGUCAUACGCUUCCAGUGAUUCAUUUGUGAAUGAAUUGAAGUCAAAAGUCUUUGUUCCUUCCUCCCCUUCCUUAAAGUGAGUCUUCUUCCUUCUUUUUCUAUGAGCUGUGGUGAGUAGGACACACGGGCCAGCCCCGCGAUGCAGCUACGGUCUGGGCUCGGGUUCGAGCACAGAGAGGGGAAAGCACCACCUCAAUCGCGGCUCGUUCUAUAGAUACUCAGGACGUCCUCUUCACAUGCACACUCUGAGCUCAGGAAGCGCAACACGCACACUGCGUCGGUGCGCAGCAGAGGAAACUCAGGACCUGCACAGUCGUCAGCCGCCUUCCUGCGCUCGCCAGGCUCGGGCCGCUCCGAGCGCCGCCGCCACCGGGACGAUGCCCCAGCGCACGCAGCAUCCGCUGGUCCACGUCCUGCUCUUCUGGAUCACCAUCCUCACCGUGGUCCAGGUGGUCUUCGUCGCCCUCUUCUUCACAAACGGACACACGUCUCAGAACACUAAAGCUGUACAAGCAGAUCUCAAUAAGCAAACCCAGGCAAACAAUGCAUCUUCGUUAUCUGAUCAUGGAACGGUCUUAGGACAAAUGCUGUCCUUCAGAGCCAAACCAGGCACAGCUGUCAGAAAUAUCACGUGGAUUUCGACGAAUGGACCCCAAGAUCUGGUUUUACCGCAAAAGAAUGUCCUGACGUUACAGGCGGACGGAUAUUACUUCCUGAAUCUUCAGGUGACUGUGUACUCGUUCAAUCCGCGCGCGCCGCUCACGGUCCGCCUGUUGCGCAACGGACGCAAGGUCCUCCUGGAGGGUCCGAUUAACCCGCACACAAACAGCACGGGCCUCCUGGGCAAGGCAGAGGAGCUGACGGCCCAAACGGAACUGUCGGUCUCCAUCGACCCGCAGGCGGUGAACGUCAAUGACAGUGCAUCCGUCACCCACCUGGACAUCGUCUACAUGCACAAACCCAGGAACAACCAGUCUUGAGCCUCGUGGAGGUCCAGGACAUCGGUCCGGCCCCCCCGGACCCCUGUUGUUUUGGUUCUCUACCGAGCAGAGCGUUCUCUCCCUGCAGCCGAGGGACGGCGGCAUCGCUGCAGCUCACUUCCUCUGCCUUUGUGUUUAAUGGAAGAAAGCGUCUUCAUAGUCUUGUAGAAAAACCAUGAAUUAAGAAAAAAGCUGUUAUCAGGGAGUACAUUCAUCUCCAGCCUGUGAAGCUAGUAUUCAGACCAAACUACAUCUAAAAUGAGCAGUAGCGAAUCCUCAACAACCAAAUCAAACUUUCUAAAAUCCACGUCUCACCCUCUGUGUUUGUCGUCUGUGGUUCAUAUAUUUAUGCUUUAUUUAUUGUUGGGACCUAAAUUAACGUGCACACAGCAUCUCAUGAGCUAAUUGCAAAUAAAGAUGGACCCAUGGGCCCUAAUGUUAGCGGUGCUGAUGUCGUGGUGAACAGAUGCAGGUACAGUUGAGCGUCCACCACAACGUCAGCCCCAGGAGUGUGGACAUGCAGUUAUGUUCACACUGGAAUGUAUGUACAGUAAUUUCUUUAUUCAUUAUUGUAACAAAAUGUAGCUUCUAUUGUACAAACACAAUAUAUACAGUAUGUGUGCAAAAAAACAAAAAGCACAAAAUUAGAAAAGAACUAUUUCAUUGCACAUUGAUAUUUAAGGAUAUGCUAUUGAUAUUUUUAGGAAAUGAUUUAUUUAUUAAUAAGUGUGUGUUCUUUUCUCAUAAUCUAGCUUUACAUUGUUAAAUUUAGAACAUGGAAAUGAAAAACCUCGGAUUCUUCACUAUUACACAUCAUGAAACGUGAAAUCACAAGUCACAGUGGUUAAUGCGGAACGUUUCAUGUGUUAACACACGUUGAAAGAAAUGUUUGGUUUUGUCAUUGCUUCGCAUUUGCCUCGUGGAUCGCACGCGAUACGAUUCAAAGCGUUUUCAUUAUAUAUUUUACAUUCACAAAGCAAAUGUGGCAGCGAUUGUGAACAAAUGAAUGAAUGAAUAAUAAAUGCGAUUCUC